AAUUUGUUUAUUUUUGUGGUAAAUGUCGUGAAUAAAAUUGCAUAUAACUGGCAAUCGAUGUAACAACGAUUGUUCUCAUUCAAACAGAUGCCAGGCACAGGAAAACGGGAAUUCCCGUGUAUUCUAUGCAGGAAGCGAACAAAACCAACUGAGAGACGAACACUGACAGCAGAACUGAAACAAUUGGUGCAGAAAAUGUGUGUGUCCGAUCCGUCUGAUGAAGAUGUACUUUGCACUGCAUGUCGGAUUAAAUGCCAUGUAAAGCUUAAGAAACACAUAGAGAAAAAAGACACAGCGCCAAAGGAUACGUUAUUUUCACCACAACAACAAGGAAGCUCCUCCAGAUACGCCAGGAGUCCACCCUCUGUCACCCUUCCGCUACCUUCGUCCGCCACCAGCCAUGCCCGUUGUUUCAUUUGCAAACGACCCGGACCCAAACUAAUUGUUGUGCCAACUAGUGAGAGAAACUCUGUUUUUCUGCAUCAGAAAAUCCUUAUUCCAUACGGUUCAAGGUGCUGUAGUAAACAUAUUCCGGAUGGCAGGUUUACCCCAGAUGCUCUGAAACAGAUUCCCGUUUUCUCACAAACAUCAAGCUUAAACAGGAGCUCCAUCGUCGACAUUUUACUGUAUUUGCGAGAAACUGCUUUGAGAUAUGAUACAUCUCGAAUUGAUUUUGACCGAGAAAAUGCUUUCAGUGAUCAACAGUAUACAACUCUUACCGGUCUUAGCAAGAAUUCCUUUAACGACCUGUUGUCUUAUAUCAGCGACAGUGUUAAGAAUACAUCUGUACGCAGCGCUAGGAAUAGCCUGGGGAUUUUUCUUGUGAAGAUGAAGUCCGGCCUUUGCAACAGUAUCCUGUCAACCAUUUUCAACGUCUCCAAAGCAAGCAUUCGUCGGGCUAUUCAUACAGUGCGGAGGGCAUUAAUGGAAAACUUUGUUCCCCAGAACCUUGGUUUUCAACACAUAUCAAGAGAAAGUGUUAUUCAACAUCAUACACGACCAUUAGCUGAAUCAUUGUUUGGUGGAACCGGAAGUCAAGCCCUACUAGUGCUGGAUGGUACCUAUAUAUACAUUCAAAAGAGCUCCAACUUCACUUUCCAAAGAAAAUCCUACAGUUUGCAUAAAGGCCGACCACUCGUAAAGCCGAUGGUGAUUGUAUCUACAAGCGGUUAUUACAUCUCUGUAAUUGGACCCUAUCUCGCAAGAAACAACGAUGCAGCCAUCCUUCAGCACAUCAUGAAAUCAAACAGGGAGGAUGUAUUGAAGUGGGUUGAGGAAGACGAUAUCUUCAUUAUUGAUAGGGGUUUCAGGGAUUCUGUUGCAUACCUGGAAGAACUUGGCAUUCAGGCUAUCAUGCCAGCUUUCAUGAAAAAGGGGGAGAAGCAGAUGUCUACUCCAGAUGCAAAUACAAGUCGACUUGUAACAAAGAUUCGAUGGGUUGUUGAAUCGGCAAACGCUAGAAUAAAACGAUGGAAACUGCUUGACUGUAUUCUACCCACUAGCCAAAUACCAUUUAUUGGUGACUACGUCAAAAUUGUUUGUAGCAUAUCAAACAAAUACUACCCACCACUUUCUUCGGGUGACAGAGAUGCCGAUAUGGCUGUUGCAGCCAAAAUGCAGUUCCUUGCGAAACAAGUGAACCACCUUAAGGAGGAAGUCGAAGCCAGGAAACUGCACUCACGAGUAGCCAUGUGGAGAAAUCCUGAAGAUCUCGAUUCCUUGGGCUUCCCUCAUUUGGAUGAGGAUGAUAUUCGCAACAUAACGUGUGGAGUGUAUCAGCUUAAACUUGCUAGCAGUUAUGCGGCGGAACAUUUUCAAGAUGGAAGCAAUAUCUUGAUACACAAAGAGGACCCGAAUCUGCUGAGAAUCAAAAUUCAGAGUAGACAUGUCUCUGCGAAAUCAUAUCUGCUUUGGAUUCGUUUUGAUGAAUCAAGUAUAACGGGUUGGUACUGUCAGUGCAAAGCUGGGGCCCGAGUGGUAGGGGUUUGUGCGCACGUCGCGGCAGUUAUUUGGUAUAUAGGACUCCGUAACUACAAAGGAUCGUUUAAAUCUGUCCAAGACUGGGGAAGAUUCGUUGAUGACGCUUCAGUUUUGCCGGAACCAGUAGACGAGUCUGAGUCAGACGAAGAUCUAGUUGAAGAGUAAAUUAAACGGAAGUUGUCAAAUGAAAUCACUGAUAUGUAUCAAUUGAAUUGUAGAUAGGGUAAUUUUUUUGAAAGGUAGUUUUCAUUUGUUUUUUUUUUUUAAUUCUUUAAAUCGACUCUCUUAAAUGAUAUCUGAUUUGUAGUACAUAUCAUAAUUAUCAAAAGUUGAAUUCAAUAACAUGCUUGUCAAUAUGUGAACGUUUACUUUUCUAAUGGCCACUUGCUGCUUUCAUAGUCAUCAUAUUAUGUACUGUAUGAUUUUAAAGAAUAACGAUCGAAAUUUUGAUACAUGCAAAAUAUGUAUAAUGAAGGGGGAAUCCAAUAUUCUUCUUUUUCAGUGUAUUGUGUGUACGUUUAAUAUAGACAUAUAGUUUAUAUAAUGUCUUAUGAUAUAGGUAAGUUCAAAUAGAAAGUUUGAUUAAUA